UGGACAUUUAAUCAUUUCAAAAUAGACAUGAUUGGCUGAACAAAUUACUGGGUUCGACCGCCGUAACUUGGGUAACGCGCGACUUGCAUUGUGGGGGUAUGUGCGUCACUGAACAUGGCUGCGAACUGGCUCCGCCGCCAACAACUUCGUCAAUUGUGUUUGAUGCGAACGGCGAUGUCUCGGCAGCUGCGCGUUGAUCGUCGGGGAUUUCGCGAUAAUUUAUAGUGGCGUUCUGUGCGUGUCAUUGAGAUAAGGUUAUAGUCACUCCAAUUUAAUGGUUCCCUUCUUCAAAGUGGAUUAGUAAAAUAUGAAUAUGUUGUUUGUGAUGAGAUUUAUGAUCAACACCGAAUGAAAUAGUUACUCUCUGGCUAAAUAUGUCACGCAGUAGGACUAGCCUCGAUUUGUCGUGUCGGAAGAUGGCAAACGAUUUCUAAAAUGGAUUCGAAAUUAGGAUUUGGAUUACUUAACAAUAUUCUGGAUACUCAUAUUUCUUGGGAGAACUCGCAGUAAACGACAGGAGAUAUGUUGCCACCGGCUUAUAGCUACGCGCCUGAUAGAGGCGACUUCCACUCCCCCACGAGUGACCGCUUCAAAUACGAUCACGACCCGGCCAUGAUCGGGGCCGCAGGAAGUCGCCACCUUUCCACGAGGAGGCGCUCAAGCCUGGCCAGCUUACCCACAGUUCCCGUCUCCCUCUUCAGUAGCAAACAUGGCCUCGGGGAUAUCAAUGAGAGCGAAGAGGAGUCGAAGCCGCCGCCCAUCCCGCGGCGGCGAGCGGUGGAUAUCUCGGAUUACCGCACUUGCGCCCUCCUCCAGACAAGCCUCAAGACCGUCAAAACCUACCCCGAAAUGGCCAACUUCAGUGCGGACGGACAAACCGACAAAGACGGCAUGACGGAUACUACAAUAAGGAACCAAGCCAAGAAAACAGCCACUAUCAGUCUUCCAGGCCUAGGGGGGUCGACAGGGACAAGGUCCCUCUUCAUCUUCAGUGAGGAGAACUUCGUAAGGAAAUACGCCAAAGUCAUCAUAGAAUGGGGGCCGUUCGAGUACAUGGUGCUCUUGACCAUCAUCGCCAAUUGUAUAGUACUAGCCAUGGAAGAACAUCUACCAAAGAAAGAUAAAACAGUUCUAGCAGUCCAGCUAGAAAGCGUCGAAGUGUACUUCCUAGGAAUAUUCUGUUUUGAAGCCUUGUUAAAAAUCACUGCUUUAGGAUUUAUCCUCCAUAAAGGAUCAUAUCUCAGAAACGUUUGGAAUAUCAUGGAUUUUGUAGUAGUAGUUACGGGAUUGGUCUCCCAGUUCGGGCCACAGACUGGUAGCGAAGUCCGAACACUACGAGCCAUUAGGGUUCUCAGGCCCCUAAAACUAGUGUCGGGCGUUCCAAGUCUUCAAGUGGUGUUGAAAUCCAUCUUAAAGGCCAUGGCCCCCCUCUUACAGAUUGGUCUGUUGGUGCUCUUUGCAAUUGUGAUUUUUGCCAUCAUAGGCUUAGAAUUUUACAAUGGAAAUUUCCACAACACAUGCUAUAGAACAGAACCAAAUGGUAGAAAAGUGCUCGAUAAAAUAGGCGAAAAAGAUCCACGACCGUGCUCACCGAAUGGUGCAUCAGGGGCCUUUCUAUGCGAGCCUCCUGUAUCGAAUUGCAGUGGGUUCUGGCUCGGUCCCAACUAUGGCAUCACAAGUUUUGAUAAUAUUAUCUAUGCCAGUUUAACUGUAUUUCAAUGUAUAACAAUGGAGGGGUGGACUGAUGUUUUAUAUUAUACAAAUGACGCAAUGGGGAAUAGUUUUAAUUUUCUGUAUUUUAUACCACUUAUAAUCCUCGGAUCGUUUUUUAUGCUAAAUCUAAUUCUUGGAGUUCUCAGCGGAGAAUUUGCCAAAGAAAGGGAGCGAGUUGAAAGCCGUAGAGCGUUCCUUAAACUGCGUAGAAAACAGCAAAUAGACCGCGAGUUGAACGGGUAUCUAGAAUGGAUUUGCAAAGCGGAGGAAGUGAUAUUGAACGAGGAAAGAACAACAGACGAGGAAAAAAUGAAAAUCAUAGAAGCAAGAAGAAGAGUAGCGUCUAGGAAAAUGAAACAAAUAAAAGAAGGCAAGUCGGCGACAGAGGUCGAACUAGAGGAAAAUGAGGAGACCCUAUUUGCAGACAUCAAAAAUCCCUACAUGGGUAUGCAACAAAAGAAGAACCCAAAAUGUGCAUCAUUUUGGAGAGCCGAGAAACGGUUCAGAUUCAUGGUGCGACGAGCAGUGAAGAGUCAAGCGUUCUACUGGACUGUCAUCGUGCUUGUCGCUCUCAACACGAUAUGCGUCGCCAUUGAACACUACAAUCAACCAGAAUGGCUCACCAUAUUCCUGUUCUAUGCCGAGUUUGUAUUCCUGGGACUGUUCAUGGGUGAGAUGCUUAUCAAGAUGUAUGGGCUCGGCAUACGUCACUACUUCCAAUCUUCAUUCAACAUAUUCGAUUGCCUCGUCAUUGGCGGCAGCAUAUUCGAAGUCAUCUGGUCAUCAUUCAAAGAGGGUUCAUUUGGUCUCAGUGUGCUUCGGGCUCUUCGACUGCUUAGGAUAUUCAAAGUUACCAGAUACUGGGUGUCCUUGCGUAAUCUGGUCGUGUCCCUACUUAACAGUAUGCGGUCCAUCAUCUCCCUCUUGUUCCUGCUCUUCUUGUUCAUCGUCAUCUUCGCCCUGCUUGGGAUGCAGCUCUUUGGAGGAGAGUGGAACUUCCCCGACGGCAGGCCCGCACAACACUUUGACACAUUCAAUAUGGCCUUAUUAACAGUGUUCCAGAUCCUAACUGGUGAGGAUUGGAACGUGGUGAUGUAUUAUGGUAUUCAAUCGCGGGGAGGUGUUGACGGCAACGGAAUGUGGUAUUCCCUCUACUUCAUCAUCCUCGUGCUCUUCGGUAACUACACCCUACUGAAUGUCUUCUUGGCUAUCGCUGUUGACAACUUGGCAAAUGCCCAGGAACUUACUGCUGCUGAGGAGGAGGCAGAGGAGGAAGAAGAAAGGCGUAUAGAGCGACUUCGGAGCAUUACCAUAAACCUCAUACCUAGUGAUUCGCCAACAGCGUAUAACUCUCUGCGCAAAGAAGAACAUGCGGCGGAGAUUGGUAGCGAGUUCACUGGCAUCGACCCGCCCAUGGUCAACAUCUGCCCACCGUCCCCACAGAACAAUGAGGACCCAAAGACAGGAAACUUCAACUUUAUAUCUUUCAGUGAGGUGCAGCCAGGCACUGGCUAUGAUAAACAGAACAACGUCAAAGACAACAGGGAGAAGUCCAUGGCUAUUGAAAUGGACAAGACGAAAAGCAACGAGAAUGCCGAUACGAACGCGGCUACAGGAGGAGAUGGAGGUGGCGAACAGCAAGAGACAUUUGGAGGUCCUAAACCCAUGUUGCCUUAUAGUUCAAUGUUCAUAUUGAGUCCUACCAAUCCUGUCCGCCGCUUCUGCCAUUUCGUUGUGAAUCUACGCUACUUUGACCUAUUCAUCAUGAUCGUGAUCUGUGCUAGUAGUAUCGCGCUCGCGGCGGAAGACCCCGUCAGAGAGAAUUCAUACAGAAACGUCAUCCUCAACUACUUCGAUUACGUCUUCACUGGCGUCUUCACCGUUGAGAUGUUGUUGAAGAUUCUCGAUCUUGGCGUGAUAUUUCAUCCCGGGGCGUACUGCCGUGACCUGUGGAAUAUCCUUGAUGCCGCCGUCGUCAUCUGUGCGCUCGUGGCGUUCGCAUUCAGAUUUAUCGUCGUCAGUGAUAGUGAGAACAGCGGUGGAGGUGCCAGCAAAAACUUGAACACGAUCAAGUCUCUCAGGGUACUUAGGGUAUUACGACCCCUCAAAACUAUCAACAGAGUGCCAAAACUCAAGGCUGUGUUUCAGUGUCUCAUACAGAGUGUCAGGAAUGUCGUGAACAUCCUCAUAGUUUAUAUGCUCUUCCAGUUAAUCUUUGCUGUAAUUGCGGUGCAAUUGUUUGAGGGGAAAUUCUUCUUUUGUAACGACGCGGCGAAAGACGAUAAGCCAACUUGUCAGGGGCAGUAUUUUGUGUAUGAAGACGACAACACGAUCACAGUGCAGGACCGGGUAUGGAAAAAACAUGACUUCAACUACGACAACGUGGCGCAUGCGCUCCUCACGCUGUUCACCGUCACCACCGGCGAAGGGUGGCCACAAGUAUUAAAGAAUUCAAUGGACGCGACAGACAAGGACCGUGGUCCAUCGCCCAGCAACAGGAUGGAGAUGGCCCUGUUCUACGUCGUCUUCUUCAUCGUGUUUCCAUUCUUCUUCGUCAACAUCUUCGUUGCCUUAAUCAUCAUCACUUUCCAAGAACAAGGCGAGAAUGAGCUUGUCGAUCAGGACCUAGAUAAAAAUCAAAAACAAUGUAUAGACUUUGCUAUAAAUGCUAGACCACUGUGUAGAUACAUGCCGAAGAACAAAGAUGCCCUAAAGUAUAGAAUAUGGCGGCUAGUGGUGUCGGCGCCGUUCGAGUAUUUCAUUAUGACCAUGAUUGCUCUAAACACUCUCAUUCUGAUGAUGAAGUACUACUCUCGGAACCCUUCAGAUUCCUACGCUUUAUACUGUGAAAUACUAAUGUACUUGAAUACGGCAUUCACUGUCAUGUUCACCAUCGAGUGUCUGCUAAAGAUACUCGCAUUCGGACCGAAGAACUAUUUUAGAGACCCGUGGAACAUCUUCGACUUUAUUACUGUGAUUGGUAGUAUCACUGAUGUGUUGGUCACAGAACUUCAGCAGUCCAACUUUAUCAGCCUCGGAUUUCUGCGACUUUUCCGUGCUGCCCGUCUGAUCAAGCUCCUACGCCAGGGCUACACCAUCCGUAUCCUCCUGUGGACAUUCGUUCAGUCUUUCAAGGCGUUGCCAUAUGUCUGCCUCCUCAUCUUGAUGUUGUUCUUCAUCGCGGCAAUCAUCGGCAUGCAAGUAUUUGGGAACAUUCAGCUUUCUCCCGAUAGCGACAUCAACCGGCACAAUAACUUCCAAACGUUUACUCAGGCGCUAAUGCUGCUCUUCCGUUGUGCCACCGGUGAAAGCUGGCAACUCAUCAUGCUCUCGUGUACGACGGGCAAGAUCUGUGAGAUCGGAUCGAACGACGCGGGAAAGCCAAAGUGUGGCACAGACAUAGCAUACCUUUACUUCGUUUCGUUCAUUUUCCUUUGCUCAUUCUUGAUGUUGAAUCUGUUUGUUGCUGUCAUCAUGGAUAACUUUGAUUAUCUCACGCGUGACUCCUCCAUCUUGGGUCCUCACCACCUCGACGAGUACGGUCGUGUCUGGGCCGAAUACGACCCGAGUGCAUCGGGUAGGAUCCACUACAACGAUAUGUAUGAAAUGUUGCGUAAUAUGGAGCCGCCCGUAGGCUUUGGCAAAAAGUGUCCUUAUAGGCUAGCAUAUAGGAAAUUGAUCCGUAUGAACAUGCCGGUUGCUGAAGAUAACACUGUUCACUUCACCACAACACUGUUUGCCUUAAUCAGAGAAUCGCUGCAGAUCAAAAUGGGGCCAGCAGAGGAGAUGAAUCGCAAAGACGACGAGUUGAAAGACGUCACGCGGCGAUUGUGGCCCAUCCAGGCCAAGAAAAUGGCUCAUUUGUUAAUGCCUCCAGAUGAUGAAUUAGCAUUGCAGAAAAUGACUGUUGGCAAAAUCUAUGCAGGACUACUAAUUGUGGAGAACUGGAAAGCAUUCAAAGCCAGCCAAUCAAAAAUGAACCACACAAAGGCUAAUAACUUAGACGUUAUGAAAAUGAACGCGUCACCAGACCACUCUGACGAUUCGCCCACUGAUCAAAAACGGGAGGAGGAAUGGGGAAUAGAUCUCGAGCGUCCUCCGUCUCUCUUCCGCCGGAUAAUGGGAGUGAUGCGCACGUCGACCACGCGCUCGAGUCAGAGUCUCGACUCCGAGCAUUCCGACACGGAGACCAACCCAGACGGUAGUCACAACUUCCUGAGGCGUGGCAGUAGUAAGAAGAAGAAGGACCACACGGGAGAGAAUCUUAGUGCACAGUUGUUUAGUAAGAUAUGGGACGAACUGGGCAAACAGAAGCCCGGCAAAGAUAAUAGUGGCUACAGCAAUGAUGCCUUUGUGAAUAAUGACGAGGGUAUUGAAAUGAAGGAUGUACGUCGUACGUCGACCGAUAGUAGAGUGAGUAUUGAGCAUGCGCUCCUGGGAUUUGCUGCCAACCAACUCUCCGCCUCUCUCCCUAAGCUUGAUGUUAAUGAGGACAUGUUUCAAACGGGAUUGCGGCCGGACGCCUCUCUUGGUCAACAUCAGCGCAUGGGUCAGGAAUAUGCAAACAAUUCCUCUCUACCUUCCUUCCCUCGUAUGCCUCACACCCCCACCACCCCUCGCACUCCAACCACACCCACCUUCAACCGCGGGCCCCGUUCCCCCUCCCCUAGACGCCAGGAGAUAGGUUUUUCCGCCGCUGUUACAAACUUAUGCGACCAGGCACAUGAGAUAGCCGAUCGAGACAGAUUCCGAGAUAGUUACAGACGGCAUGAUGACAACUUGAACAUUCCGACUUCACCAAGGCUCUCCCGGGGACGGAGUCGUAGUCGCACGCGUCCGCCACUGCAGCAACAACGACAAGUGAUUGGCUCACCGAAUCCUAGCCCAAUUCCGAGUCGAAGUGGUAGUCGUGAGCCACUGUACAGGGCGACGUCUCUCGAGACAAGGUCACGGAGCCCAUCUCCACAUCCUACUCCCACCCCGACACCAUUACACGAGUACUACGGCACUGCUAAUCUAACGGAUCGAUCGCGCAGUCCAAGUCCGUCAUCUUCACCUCCCAAGCGACCGGGUCGUAGGCUACCACCGACCCCAAAUAAACCUACCACGUUGAACUUACCUCCCAAAAAGGAUGAUAACAUGCCGCAUGUUAUACCAUCACCAACGAUACCCCAGUCGCAUCGGAGUCCAGACAGUAUAAACUUUCCAAAAUUGAGUGCUUCACCCACGCAUGUUCCUAAGCUGGCAAUGCCAACUCCUCCUAGGAAAUCACACUCACUUUCACCUUGUGCCAGGCCGUGUCCGUUAAGCCCCACCGAAAAGAACAAUUUGAAUUUGUUGAAUAAUCAAAGUGCAUCAGGACACGGCGUUGUGCCAAGAACUAGUUCUCGGGAGUUCAACCGCCCCGAUCAUAGGAUAGAUGAGGAUAGAUUAAAUAGGGACCGCUUCGGAGUGCAAAUUCUAAACAAUGGUCAGCGGGACAUUCGCGAUCCUAGGUUUGUUGGUGAUAAUCGUUGUGACUUUGAUCAACCGACUGCGGUCGGACGUGCACGGCAACCUUCUUCCAAUUUGCCAAACGGAUUUAAACCGGGUCAGCGUGGUGUGGACCCGCGCGGGAUGGUUGUCGAUCCGCAUAGCCGCGUGUCGAUGCCGCGGGUUCAGACGCCAGACACUGACGAAGAAGAUUGGUGUUAGUGUAUUACGAACAUAGUUUAUUCAAAUUCAAAUUUUCUCAUCAUCUUGUGCAUCUUCUCAUCGUUAAUCCAAGAACUAGAGCUCAAAGUGGUCUCGGCGUCGUCGUCUUUUCAUGAGAUAGUGGAGAAUGGUCUUCAUUGGCGCAUUCAUCCAGAAUAUCUUCGCCGGGUUACCAGUUACUUCAUUUUUUUAUUCUUGAGAAUAUAGUGCAGUGUUUUCAAUGGAACUAUCUGAUUCACGCAGACCGGGUAGUGUUGUGUAUUUCACUUAUGAACAAAGGCAGUGCCAGUUACGAAGAAAGCUACGGGCGGAGUAGUGUAUCACUGAACUCAUUCAUUUUUCAUGGGUCCUUGUAAGGACAGUCAUUUCAAAUAUUAUUCUACCUUUUUGGAGAAAUUUGUCAUUUUAUCAAAAUUGUUUUAUUUAGCAUAUGACUGACCACAAUUUGCUUCAAUCUGUGCUUUGAUAUUUUCAUAAAUUCCUUCAAAAAAAUAUUCAGUUCAAAAUGAAUUGUUCAGAAUAUGAUGAGAAGACAUUGUUGAUCUUGUUUAAAUCAUCUUCUUGGACCCAGUGAUGAAUGAGUCGCCUUGGUUUCAAAUCAAAUCGUUGCUCGGCAGCAGGUUAAUUUAUUUCGGGCAAUCCUUAGUUUUGUCUCUUUUUCUGAUGUUACCCAAAACUCUUAAACGUUUCGAUGGCUUUUCAAACAUAUGAACUAUCAGCGCCCAAAUUUACUGAGAAUCUUCACAUAAUCUUGUGUCUUCAAGGCAGGCUUUCCAUCUUGCCGAGCCACCUGUCCUGGAUAAUGCACGGUAAAGGUGCAGGGAUUUUGUGCAUCAGAAGAAAAGCAGCUAAACUAUACGCUCGUAGGUUAAUUUACUGAGAUAACCUGUGUCAAUGAGGUUACUUGGACAAAACGACAUCAUAUGCAGUAAAUGAUAUGGUGAGGUUAAAACACUUCUGAAAGCAAUGCAGGGGACGGACUGAAGGAAAACAGCUCUGAUAUUAUGAAAUUUUGUCGAUAAAAAUACUGACAGCGAGACUGAAUUUAGAUAGAAUAGAUCCAACCUCUGUGUACUUCCAAUCUUCGUGUAUUUUCGAUUUGAUUUGAAACCAGGAAAUAGUUUUGAAAUCCUAGAUGUUACUGCUCAUUAGCAUUUAGAUCAUAAGAGUUUUCACGCAAUUGUAUAAAUGAAGCAGGAUGUUUUAUUCGAUUUUAUACUUAAAAAGUAAACCUAUAGUAUUUUUCUUUUCAAUCUAAGUGUUGACACUCCACGACCUUUGAACUACUGGUAGAUGGCGUUCAUUGGUCGAAUCACAUUUUUGAAAUACGGCUCCACUUUGGUACGCGCUUCGUGUACCAUUGAGUAGGCAUGGCAGUGUUUUGUGAAAGUCCGCCUUCAGUUUGCAGUUUGAUGAUAUUAAGCUUUUUCGGGCAAAAAUUCGUUUUGAAAUUUGUUUUUACUUGUAGUAUAAGACAAUUGUUUUAUAAAGAUCUACUUGAAGUCCUAUUUUAAAAUUCAAGAUUAGAUUUCACUUUACUAGUUAUCAAAGGUAGAGCGUUACAAUUCUGGCCCCAGUGCAAUUAUAUAUAGCCCCUACAGUGUUGAAAAUAGCCCACAAUACGCAAUAAUGCACACAUAGGCUAUAAUUGUACCAUGGCUAUAACUGUACCACCUUGCUUUAUAAAUAAGAGACAAAAAAUUGUCAAUUGUGAAUAUUUUAAGAAAAGGUGCCCUUCCCAGCAAAGAUAUACUAAUACCUUUAAAAUUGUAUUUGACUUUGGAAUUAACACUGUGAGACCUACAGAUUAUAAUCAGCUUUAUAUUACGGUACGCAAAAAAAUAUCUUGAUGUAAAUUUCUGCUCAAUUUCUGUUCCCUGUUGCCAUGAUAAAACGAAUUUUCUCGAUUCUCAAUUGACCUUUGUGUUUAACCAAAUGUGAUGCUUUGAUGUGUUUAUAGAUGAAUAUCAGAGAAAGUUGUCCCAUAAUGUGUGGUAACGUCAUUUGGAUCAAAAAUGCAUUUUCUGGCAUUAAGUGAACGCAUCUAUUUAUUUUAAUAAAUUGAUGCGUUUAAAAACAUUGCACUCCAUGAAGCCUUUAGUUGUCGGACGCAUAAGAAGAUUUUAGAGAUGAUUGGAUUGCUAAUGAUGUGAUAGUCGCUUUGUCACAGGUUAAUUGGCACUAGAUUUGAAUAAGCGGCACCCAUGUUGUGUUCCAGUUCAAUCAAAUUGGUCGUCUGGUCUGAUAAGCGACCAUAAAAAGAGUUCACCUCACGGGUAAUGCGUGUUUAAAGAUUUUUGGACGAGGUCAUUCCCCUCAACAUAAUAUAAUUGUGUGGGCGUAGUCUGAAAUUGACUCCGUGAAACCCUUUGCAGAGGGGUAUAAAAGUCUAUUUCAGCAUCAUCUUUACUUCGGCACUGUGAAAAAGCUUAUAAAACCAACUAAGGUUGAUGCAGUUUAAUGUCUUUUGUUGCCAGAGGCCUUUUGAGAAGUAAAUGCAUGUAAAUAAUGAGCCGGGUUUUAUCAAGAAUUGAUAAAGAGUAGUCUUAAUUAAUUCUUGGUAUCAUCAAGAAUUAACGAAGAGUAGUCUUUGUUAAUUCUUGGUAUCAUCAAGAAUUAACGAAGAGUAGUCUUUGUUAAUUCUUGGUAUCAUCAAGAAUUAACGAAGAGUAGUCUUUGUUAAUUCUUGGUAUCAUCAAGAAUUAACGAAGAGUAGUCUUUGUUAUUUCUUGGUAUCAUCAAGAAUUAACGAAGAGUAGUCUUUGUUAAUUCUUGGUAUCAUCAAGAAUUAACGAAGAGUAGUCUUUGUUAAUUCUUGGUAUCAUCAAGAAUUAACGAAGAGUAGUCUUUGUUAAUUCUUGGUGUCAUCAAGAAUUAACGAAGAGUAGUCUUUGUUAUUUCUUGGUAUCAUGCAGUGGGUGGCGGCUUUCUACCUUCACAUCAAUCAAAAACUCCACCUUUCUCGCAAUACGACAGAUAACCGGUAUAUAAAUUUAUGAUUACUUAAUUAAUAAUCUUUCAAUAUACCAGACUUGAUGCAUUUUUAUUGUAAAUACUUAGUUAUGGACAUUAUGUUUCUAGGGUUGAAGGAGGUAGGAAUUCAAGCAGAAGGUUGUAUGUGGUUCUAACCCAAAACUGUACAGUAUUUCUGUCAUCGAUAGUUUAAAAAUCCGCGGAAUUUCGAGCCGAUCGAGGACGACGUCUUAAUGUGGCGCGAGUUUUAAGUUGCAAAAGUGAUAUAUAUUGGGGUGUUGCCUGGGGAUAUGUCUGUGAUUUUCGUGCUAUGAUAUUAACCUUUACACCCCGACUUUCUGAAGUGGGCUGUUCUGAUGCAUUAACUUGAAGAGUCCGUACAUGGAAAUGGGGGUAUAAAGGUUAAUGGUGGAGUGUUUCUGGGAAGGCCCGUUGAUAUAAGCUAUAACGAUCUUUUCAUCGUGUCUGUAUGGCUGAUCGUGGUUUCAUUAGAAGAUGGACGCACUGGCUACCAGUUGCGCCAUCUACACUGGAACUCUGAAACAAUCAUUAUAGUGGCGGCCUUGCUUUAGACACUCCUCCCUUUAAGUUGGGCACGAGUGUAGAAAAAGUGAUCGGGAUGAAAUUUGUGAUGUAUGGCAACAAAUCUGGAAAUAAUUAUCGACCGAUUCUAUCUCAACAUAUAAGCCAUCUUGGAAGUAUUUGAACAAAGUAAAGUGCAUAAUGAUAAUUAUAUUUUGUUUUGAGAUAGUUGAACAGCGGUGGUGGGCACUUUAUCAGACUGUUGCAUAUUCUAAUAAUGAUAUGCAUCCCGUUGGGCCACGUGAAAGUUAAAGAUUGUUUCUUAUCCGAACUGUUCUCAAAUUCGGGUUGGGGGCCCUUUUAUUUCAAAGAUAGAUACAGCCAUACUUCAACCUAAGGACAGAUGCCCUCCACCAAGCAUUAGAAAGAAAGAUUUCCACUAAUAAAUCAUGACCAAAAACAAAAUUUAAAGUAUUUUCGGGUGGUUGUCAAAAUCCUUGCAGUUGGGAACAAGAAACAAGUUUUAGUUUUGCCUGGCCUAAUGUUUGUAUCAUCUAAUAGUUACUUCUUUUGUUAUUAAUUAUACGAAUUGUUUGUCACCCAAAAGUGACCAUAGUCACCGUUGUUAAGUAACUUAAAAAGAACAUAUUAACUUUCUACAGAUUUGUUGUAAGGUUUCUGUGAGAACUUGUAGCCUGUGUCUUCUACGGGUAUUAGCUAUUUUGUACUGGCUACAUUCCACAUAUUUCAAAACACCAAUAUGUCUGAUUAACCCUUUAGGGAUAAUUGCAUCAUAGUCAGUCUGCUUGUCAGAUUUGAGAGAAUUUCCAACUAGAUUUCAUUUGAUCAAAGAUCAGAAUGUUCUAGCAUGAUUGGUAAACCAUUGAAGAAAUGUAUACUGCCAACGCCCUUAUUUUUGCAAGCCGAAUAUUUUCACGAUUUUUGUGAGAGGGGAUACAAUCGCAAACUUUAGACAUGCGGAUAUGUCCAACGUGAUGGCUUUAUGAUUGGAAAACGUGUCCAUUCGUAGAACUAAAUGACAGCAAAAUCUAAAAAGAAUGUUUUUGAGAACAUUUUGGGUCUAAAAUAUUAAGGGGUUUACAGUGUAUGGUUAAUUGUUAUGAUUUUAAAAUCAAUUCUAGAUAUCACUGACAUCAUGAUGACUUACUGUGCCAACCCAUUCAUCCCAAAAGGGUUAGUUAAUACUAUAUUCAUAUUAUCUAUAUUUCUGCUUAUGCUAAAGAGUAUCUAAAAUUAGAAUUAUACCGGGUUACCACAUAUUAUGGGAUACGUUUUCAUUUCCUAAUGAAAUGGCAUAUGUAUAUAUAUAUAAUGUAUAUAGUCUCCGCCCUGAUGUGUAAAAAGCGCGAUUCAAAGGGAUAGUUCUCCAUGUUGAUGUUUGUUUGAGUCUAGUAAAUAACUAUUUGUUAAAAUGUUUGCAUUUAUGUAAAUAGUUAAGCAUUUAUCACUGUUCUUGUACUAGUCAUUUUCCUGCUGCCUGUGGUCGUUCACCAAUUUUGCCAAUAGUCGGCGCCACUGGGCGCUUCAGAUGCUUCAUGUAACAGGGUUUGUGGCCGUAUAGCCAAUGGACCAAAGAGUCUGCUACGUGUGGUCAAAUAUCAAUAGUUAAUAACUUGAUCAUUGUAUCAUCAUUCUUUUUUAUUUUAUUGAUCCAAAUAACUGAAAUCUCUUGUCAAGGCUUGGAUUCGAUAUGAGUUUGACCAAUCAAAAUAGUAUUAGGUAGACUCGCGACCUGCUAUUAAAGGUGGAACUGAGUUUACUUGGGUAUGCAUUGCAAUCAGCCAAGCCCUGGGUAUGUGUUACAAUCGGCUAAUGAUUUCGGGUGUUCAGUUCAGACAAAUAAACACCAAGUCAUAUUCUUGGCAAAUGUGUGUUCCUAACAAAUUGAUAUUGAAGACCAAUCUCAUCCUCUCAAAAGAAGUUUCAUCUGAACUGCAUGUUCUUAAAUUUCUAAUAAAGUAUUUGACCUUCAAGCUUUCCUUCGGUCACGGAAAAUAUGUUGUGCAAUUCUGGUACAGCUCCAGAACACGGAAGUAUGUCCCAGCACUCAAAAGCCUUUAAAAAUCUGCCACCUGCAGUCUCUUGUUUCCGAAUGUCAGAUCAACAAUUUUGCCUUUUGCUUUAAUGUCGAGACAAGACAGUAAAUAUCAACGUUUGCCCAUUAUGAUAUUAUAAUAUGUUAAAACACCUUCAGCACCGAACCAUGUAGAUCUAUGUGGCCAAAAUCCCCCCUCAUUGAGCUGGUUAUCGAAGUCUCGUGGACUUUCCCGAAGAACUACGCCAUCGCCACCUUCAGGGCGAGGUAGGAACUGAAAAGACCAAGCUGUUCUGACUCUGGGAAAUUUUGGGCGGGGGUCGGGGUGUUGGAAAAGGGGGUCAUUUUGGUCAUUUUUGGUUAUUUUUCAACAAAAUAAAUAGUAAAGGAGUGUAGCUAACAUAACACUAUUGAUUCAAGAAGACACUGUCUUGGAGAAGUUACUGCAAAAGACCUUAUGCAGCUAUCUCUUAUACUUUUUUUCUGUUGGUCUGAAGACACCCAGAAAAAAACACAGGCGCUGAAGGUGUUAAACACCGGCAGUGUUUAACAGCACCUGGGGGUGAAACACCGGCGCUGAAGGUAUUAAAAAUUCAUGCUUUGUGAAUUCAGCCAAAGAAAUUAUGCGGUCUUUGUUUCUGCACAAAAUUACUAUAAGCUUUUGGCCGAUGUUUAUCUCUUGAUAAUAUAUGCUUCAACAAGGCUUAAGUCUGUCCUACGACUUGAAAUCUUAAAUAAAAGAUUACUUUGUUUAUUUUGUCUGAAAGAAAAUGACUGGAGGGUGGGAUAUCACUUCUUUAGAAGCUUCAUGAGCUCAAUAAGGCAUGGCAUGAAUGCUGUCCCAAUUCCCUCCCGUGUCAAGACGUGUGUUAUCUUUUAUUUUGUAAAUGUUAUUGUUUAAACCUUUUCUGUGAUAUCGUUUUUGACCUAUCGCUCAGCUGCUUCAUACGAAAGCAUGUCAUAGGCCAACGCCUCUCCUGAAAUUCCUGAUUGAUGUUGAUCUUACUGGUUAAAAUCCAGUGGGUGUCGUUUCGUUUGUCCUACUAAAGCCAGUCACUAGAUCUGUGCCCCGACAUACUAAAAAAAUCAUGUUUUUUCGCAAUUUAUUAGUUCUGAAUUGAUUGAUUAAUUGAUUGAUUGAUUGAUUGAUUGAAAUGUAAACUGGAGGCUUGUUCAAGUUUUGACGCGGCAAGCCUAGUUCAUCUAGUCGCAUAAUGAAUCUAGUUCCUUAUGUUUAUACAGUUAGAUCUAGUGUAAAUGAAUGGAUCUAUUCCCUUAUCCUCAUCUGACCAGUAUAUAUUCAACCCGCUAAAUAUUCUCGUUCGUGAAAAUAGCUCAUUAUGUUUCGACUUGAAAAACUGUUGUGAGAAGCCACUCUCUCUCAGCCAACACCCUGACGUCGCAUAGAUUGGGUAUAUAUAUGGAUAGACGUGACGCACAAGGCGUCAAACCGUUUUUCAACUUGAUGAAGUGUGACCUACUGAAACCCACAGAAACCUUCUAGAUCAAUUUCAAAUCAGAUCAUCCAGUUGCGAUGGAGUGGUUCAUGACAAUUGUAAUGGAAUAGUUCUUGACGCUUGAAAUGGACCAGUUCAAUAAUGUUGUAAUGGAAUAGUUCAUGACAGUUGUAAUGGAAUAGUUCAUGACGGUUGUAAUGGACCAGUUUAUUACAGCUGUAAUGGAAUAGUUCAUUACAGUUGUAAUGGAAUAGUUCAUUACGGUUGUAAUACAGUAUUUCAUGACAGUUGUAAUGGAAUAUUUCAUGAUAGUUGUAAUGAAAUAAUUCAUUACAGUUCUAACGGAAUAGUUCAUGACAGUUGUAAUGGAAUAAUUCAUUACAGUUCUAACGGAAUAGUUCAUGACAAUUGUAAUGAAAUAGUUCAUGACAGUUGUAAUGAAAUAGUUCAUUACAGUUCCAACGGAAUAGCUCAUGACAAUUGUAAUGUUCAUGUAUGUAUAUAAGUCAUCACAAUUGUAAUGAAACACUUUAUAAAUUGCAAUGGCUAUAGUUCAUCACAAUUGUAAUGGAUGCCAUUUAUUAAUUGUUAGAUGUAUGAAUACAGAAUCAUAGAAUUUCUUCAUGUAAUUACAGCUGCAUAGAAUUUCUUCAUGUAAUUACAGCUGUAAUGUUAAUUGCAGCUAUGACGGGUAUCUUCCUUUAGAAGUAAUGAAAAUUGCAUUACAAUAUCACAGGACGGGAGUCUUAUUUCAUUCACCUUGUAAUCUGAUACAUAGUCCAGUUCAUGUACAUGUACCUGUUGCUGUAUGUCCCCAGUUUGGAUAGGAGUUUUCAAGGGGCAGGCUAUCUGCCUUUUCUCCAAUGAAUAUGUCAGUGUAUUAUUAUUGUAUGGAGAUGUGUAGGUCACCGAGGGGGGUUGUAUGCCCACUGGUGAACCAACUUGAUCUGCAUGCCAAGUAUAGAACUUUUCAGUUGCAAUCUGUCUGUAGAAUCAUGGCAUAGAUAUUUUGAAACUAUCUCUAAAUUAUAUUUCAAAUAUCAUUGGAGUAUGAAUUCAUAUACACAGCCAUUUUUGUACAGAAUUUCUUCAAUUACUUUUUCAAAACCGUGUAAACUUGACUUUUCUUCUUCAAUGAAAUAAAUGCACAAAAAUGUUUUCA